AUGCACCUCAUCCUCAUAAUCCUCCUUCUCCCAGCCCUAACACUCACCCUUGCCCUCCCCAACCGCAACAUCAACACCAACAAUGAUCAAACCUUCCUCUUCCCCUCUCCCACAGACUCUCAACCCCUAGACGACCCCCACUGCAACGGCACCGGCCUCAUCGACCCCAGUAACCCAGAUCAAGACCACCCCUGCACCGGCGAUGGUCUAAUCCCCCCAUCACCCGCAGACCCUCCUCGCGAGGGCUUCCACUUCGAGAAUCCCUCAACAAACUGCACAUACGUCUCGCAACCCCACAUCUGGGACUCGUUCAAGAUUUUGGAAAAGGACAUGACGAAGCUUUUCACGCUUAUCCACAAGAACGUCAGUUUCACCGUUGUAGGACACCAUCCGAUAGCAGGACAUUAUAACGAUCUGCUGCACUUUUAUGUGAAUGCAUUGCGAAGAGUGAGUGUAUUGUUCAUGGAUCAUGCCGACAAGUUUGAGAUUCAUCCGGUCGCGAUUAUCGGGGGUUGUGAGAGUCAGUGGUCGGUGCAGGAGGUGAAUUUCAAGGGGGUUAUGAAUUCUGGCGAUCCAUUUGAUAUAAUCAAUGUGUGGGUGACGAAGUGGUAUCAGGAUCAAAUGGUCGAGAUCCGGACGUAUAUUGAUGCGCCGAAGAUCAUGGAUGCGUUGCAUAAGAAUGAGAUCUGGUGGAAUGGGACGUCGGAGAGGGAGAAUAUGCUGUAUAUGCCUGGACCGGCGGGGAUGCCGGAUUUGAAGGAGUUGGAGGGAUUUAUGGGGUAUCCUGAUGGGAGGAGGUAUGAAGAUUGA